AUGCUUUUGAGUGACCUGGUCUUCACAGUGCUCUUCCUUGCUCAGACUGGGAUUGGUCUAUUGGGGAACUCAGUACUGCUCAUGCUGUAUCUUGGUCUCUUCAUCUCUCAGCCCCAAUCCAAGAAGACCACAGAUUUGAUCUUUGGCCACCUGACUGUGGUCAACACACUGACACUUCUCACUCAGGCUGUCCCUGGGAUGGUUAUGGCCUUCAGGUGGGAGAGUACCCUGGAUGUUGUUGGGUGCCAGAUAGUCCUUUACAUUAGGAGAGUAGCCAGAGGCCUUUCCAUCUGUACCACCUCCCUCCUGAGCGUGUUCCAGGCCAUCACCAUCAGCCCCAGCAACUCCAGAUGGGACCAGUUCAAACACCGAGCCUCUAAAUAUAUUCCCUUUGCCUUUGUUCUAUUCUGGAGCCUCAACCUAUUGGUAGAAAUGAAUAUAAUCAAAUCCAUUGCCAUUAUCAAAAAUGUCACUGACUCACUCAAAGAUCACAGUAGGAAAACUUGUAUCAGUAUGCAUUAUUUAAAGAAGUUAAAUAAUAUCUCAUUCCUAACUGCCAAGACUCUCCGAGAUGUUUUCUUUGUCCUUCUUAUGAGCUGCUCCAGUGGCUAUAUGGUGAUCAUACUAGAUAAACACAGCAAGCAAGUGCAGCACAUUCACAGCACCAGUCUCUCUCCCUCCCCGGCAUCCAGAGCCACCCAGACCAUCCUACUUCUGGUCUCCUGCUUUGUUUCCUUUUAUUUCAUCAAUAGCGGCAUUACACUUGCUUUGGCAUUUAUCAAGGAUAAUGAUUUGAGUUAUUUUGAUCCUACAUUAUUUCUGGGGUCAUGUUAUGCCUUCCUCUGCCCCUUGGUGCUGAUCAUCAGUGAUCCCCGUAUCUCCAAACUCUCCAAACGCCAAUGUGUCCUCUAA